AUAAAAAACAUAUGUUUCUGGUGUCAUGCCCAAAAAAGCAAAAAUUUAAAGUUUUUCUUUCUCUAAUGAUAUUUCAAUUGUAAAAAAUAAGUAGUCAAAAUUUAAGGUGUAAGAAACCAGACUUAGGGAAUAAAGCAAAACAUUCAAAACAAUGUUGCAAUCCAAGAAGAAGCAAAGCUCCCAUAAAUACGCGUCGCCGAAGGAUAAGAAGAUGGAUCGGAAACUGGGCGAGCUCCAGUUCGCCGAUCCUGCGGACAUGCUCGACCCUGUCAGCUCGCCGAUUUUCACCGAGUCCGACAGGCUGAAAAUAGAAGCUGACAAGAAGAAACAAUUGGACAAGAGGACCAUCUGCGAAAACCUCACGAAAAGGGCAGAAGAACGGGAUUCAUCGAAGAACUGGUGGGACCAGAACCCAGUCGUGUACAAGUUCAACGAUCCUGUCGUGAGACACAGGAUGGUAAACCUAAUGGGGACGGAAGUGGUAAGACUCCUCGACCGUGAUUUCAUGGCGACACUUGCCAACAGACUCGUCGAAAGGAACUGCGAACUGAUAAAGCGUAGGAUAGAAGAUAGAAAGAAUUGGGAACUGGAUCGCGAGCGUCAGCUUGUAUUCGACGGAAAACUGCCCUUGGAGGACGGCCCUCCUGGGUUUUCAGAGCAUCCCUACUUUGCCAUUAUGUCCAAAGUGGCGGAAGAGGUGGCCAAAAGGAAAGCGAGGAUCGAGGCGCACAAAGUUCGAAAGCGUCUCAUCCCGAUGUUCGACUACUCGAUAUUCGUGUCGGACAAGAGCGAGCACAAAGUCAAGGAGAGCACUUCGGACAUUUCCCUCAUCGACGACGUAUUGCCGGACUUGAAUAUCGUCGAGGCCGAGAAGCAAAAUUGCGAGCUCGUACUUAAAAAAAUGAUCGAACGCGAUAUGAUCGACGUAGCGGGCUACGAGCGGGCGAGAUACGAACAUCUCCAGGUCAAAGCUCUCCGGAAGGCUAAGACUGUCGAAGAUAUGUAUAAAAUGGCUGCCAAGAUAUUCAUGACAGCAUAACAAAAUGAAGGCCCGUCGAGUGGUGACGGGUCUGCCAAGAAGGGGGAAAGCGUUGAAGGUCGGGAGGACGAGAGCGACCGGAGAAAACAAGAACUCGAUGGAUCCGAAGAUACAGAAAAGCGAAUUGAUGGACAACUAACUCCAGAAUAGCCGGCUUAAACCUAUAAAAGUCCUUUAUUAUCGUCUUGUGUUUAAAUAUAUGGAAUUUAUUUAAUUUUAAA